AUGAUGUUCCAUGACAACGAGAAGUACCAACCACCUUAUCUUACAGUUAACAAAAAUGUCUUGAAGAAGGAGUACUCAAAUAAAGAAAAGAUCCAUGCAGAGUUUACCUAUCAAAAGAACGAAGCAAAAUCUCUUCCAGUAACAGGUGCAGCUAAAAUAUUCCAAGUAGGAGCUAAAGUACCAUUAAAAUCUGAAACAUUUAAGAAUGCAGAAAAUAAUGGAGAUAUUAAAGUAGAUUUAGAUCCAGUUCCUCCAGGAGAUUAUGUUCUUGUACUUUCUGCAGAAUAUGGUUCAGAAUAUGAUCAAAGUAAUGAAUACAGACAUUACUUCACAGUUCCAGCCAAUAAAAAGCCAAUUGUAGAAAUGGUAGAUCAAGGUUAUGAAUAUUACAUUCCAAAUACUGAUGUCACAUUCAAGGCCAAAAUAACCGAUCAAGACAAGGAUGAUACAAAGUUCACCACUCAAGUAUUCUUCGAUGGCAAGGUUGUUCAAGAAAUCAAUGAUCUCCAAAAUUCUGAAGAUGUUAAGACAUUUUCUUUCAAGAUCCCACCAAGAACAAAGGCAUAUACAUAUGAUGUCAAGCUUGUUGUCAGCGAUGGAAAGGAUUCAACAGAACACGAAUUCAAGAUCAAAUUCAAGAGCAACUCCAAGCUCAGUGUCAGCUAUGAAUUGAAGGAAGAAUUGACAGCUUACAACCCAGGUGACAAAGUUGAAUUAACAGCUGUUGUCGUUGACCCAGACGUCAACUUUGACUCCAAGUUCACAAUCUCAGUUCUUUAUGGCGAUACUCAGAAGCUCAAGGAAGAGAAGAAGAACGAAAAUGGUAUCAUCAGAGUUCCAAUCACAAUCGAAAUCCCAGCUGACGAAAAGUCUACUGCUGUCGAUGUCAAGAUCAAGGUUCAGAGCCAGAACGAACUUGAUUGGAUUGGAUUAACUCUUAAUAUUAACCAGCCACAGCCAAAUCAAGAAGGUGGUGAUGGAUCUGGUGGAGCUGAUAAGGCUGAAGGAAAAGAUACAAAGGUAGAUAAUAAGAAUAAUAACAAGGCAUUAAUUGCAGUACUUGUCGUUCUCAUUGUCUGCUGCGUUGCGGUAGUUGCUUUUAUUUUCUAUAUUCUCAUCAAGAUGAAAUAA